CAAAUGCCAUGCCACCAGCUCGGAUGCCUGAUUGACUGCAUAGCGGUAGUUGGCAGAUAAGUUGGUGACGGUGGUGGCAGCAGCCGCGCGCCUUGUCGGUGUAUGUAUGCCCGUUUGGGCACACGAAGCCAUCGUUAAUAUAUAUGUGCAUGGCCUGAACUUUCGAGAAAACCUGCACCCAGUCGCGGCGCAGCCUGUUUGCCACGACUGCGUCAACGAAUGCGCGACCAACUUCUUAAACGGCCGAGACAGAGCCCGAGUAGAUGGAAAGACAAUUGGUCGGCGAUCGACCGCUUGGUAGUUUUGUCUUCUAUAAGUAAUUUAAAUUCAAGUCACACACCUACAAAUUGUGAAAAAAUCUUGCAUACUGGUUUAGUACGUUGUGUCAGCUACGACACUAAGCACCCAUAAAUUUAUCGUACGCUCGCUUGUUCACCUGCUUGGCCGCGAUAAUAUCCGUUAAGACAGUGUAAAAGUUGGAGGAAAAGUAAUCGAUAAUAAGUUACAAUGAAGACCCAGCUGAUCUUGUUGCUAGCCUUUGUGGCAUUGGUUGCAGGCAAAUUUCAGAUACGUACAGCUCAAGAUGCGCUUGACGCGCACGAGGCAUGCCAUGAGGAGUAUCGCGUUCCGGAAGACAUUUAUCAGAAGUUCUUGAACUACGAGUUUCCAGCCCAUAAACGUACCAACUGUUAUGUGAAGUGCUUUGUGGAGAGAAUGGGACUCUUCACCGAGGAGAAGGGUUUCGAUCAGAAAGCGAUUAUAGCGCAAUUCACUGCGAAGAGUUCAAAGAAUUUGGCUAAGAUAUCACAUGGACUGGAGAAGUGUCUUGAUUACAAUGAACACGAUUCGGACACUUGCACUUGGGCUAAUCGCGUAUUCUCCUGCUGGAUAUCCGUGAACCGACCGAUUGUGCGCCGGACCUAUAUUGAAAACUAGGGACCCGAUGCGGCUUACGAUUGGUUGGCAAAAUCUUAGUUGUAAGUUGAUGAAUCUUUUCGGAAAAUUUACGUGCGAUUCAAAAUAAAAAAAGAAAAUAAAUAAAUGUAAGAAUUGCCGUUUAUUUUUUUUAGCUGCACGACAUUUGCAUGCUAUCGAAGCUGAAAUAAAAUAAAAAAAUAAAAUGGGUCUCGCUGAAAAUGCGCUGGUUGUACAU